GGCGGCGCGGGCGGCGGGCGGCGGGCGGCGCGCACAAUUCUUGCUCGGCUGCGGCUCCCGGGUGUCCCAGGCCCGGCCGGUAAGCAGAGCAUGGCGGGUGCGGGCCCGAAGCGGCGCGCGCUAGCGGCCCCGGUGGCCGAGGAGAAGGAAGAGGCGCGGGAGAAGAUAAUGGCCAAGCGCGCGGACGGCGCGGCGCCGGCAGGCGAGGGCGAGGGCGUGACCCUGCAGCGGAACAUCACGCUACUCAAGGGCGUGGCCAUCAUCGUGGGCGCCAUCAUGGGCUCGGGCAUCUUCGUGACGCCCACGGGCGUGCUCAAGGAGGCAGGUUCGCCGGGGCUGGCGCUGGUGGUGUGGGCCGCGUGCGGCGUCUUCUCCAUCGUGGGCGCGCUCUGCUACGCGGAGCUGGGCACCACCAUCUCCAAAUCGGGCGGCGACUACGCCUACAUGCUGGACGUCUACGGCUCGCUGCCCGCCUUCCUCAAGCUCUGGAUCGAGCCGCUCAUCAUCCGGCCUUCAUCGCAGUACAUCGUGGCCCUGGUCUUCGCCACCUACCUGCUCAAGCCGCUCUUCCCCACCUGCCCGGUGCCCGAGGAGGCAGCCAAGCUCGUGGCCUGCCACUGCGUGCAGAGAUCGAUGUCUUAUUGUGAUGAGUCUCGACUGUCAAAUCUUCUUCGGAGGAUCACCCGGGAAAACGACCGAGACCGAAGAUUGGCUACUGUAAAGCAGUUGAAAGAAUUUAUUCAGCAACCAGAAAAUAAGCUGGAUACAGUUGGUAUAUUAGUUGGAUGGCAUAGAGAUCAUACUCAGAAACCUUCGCUCACGCAGCAGGUAUCUGGGUGGUUGCAGAGUUUGGAGCCAUUUUGGGUAGCUGAUCUUGCAUUUUCUACGCCUCUUGUUGGUCAGUUUCUAGAAGACAUGGAAGCAUAUGCUGAGGACCUCAGCCAUGUGGCCUCUGGGGAAUCAGUGGAUGAAGACGUCCCUCCUCCAUCAGUGUCAUUACCAAAGCUGGCUGCGCUUCUCCGGGUAUUUAGUACUGUGGUGAGGAGCAUUGGGGAACGCCUCAGCCCAACGGGCCCUCCAAUUACUGAGGCAUACGUAACAGAUGUUCUGUACAGAGUAAUGAGAUGUGUGAUGGCUGCAAACCAGGUGUUUUUUUCUGAGGCUGUGUUGACAGCUGCUAAUGAGUGUGUUGGUGUUUUGCUCAGCAGCUUGGAUCCUAGCAUGACUAUACAUUGUGACAUGGUCAUUACAUAUGGAUUAGGAGAUUGCCAGACUUGUGGUACCGAUUAUAUCAUCUCAGUCUUGAAUUUACUCACGCUGAUUGUUGAACAGAUAAAUACGAAACUGCCAUCAUUUGUAGAAAAACUGUUUAUACCAUCAUCUAAACUACUAUUCUUGCGUUAUCAUAAAGAAAAAGAGGUUGUUGCUGUAGCCCGUGCUGUUUAUCAAGCAAUGCUCAGCUUGAAGAAUAUUCCUGUUUUGGAGACUGCCUAUAAGUUAAUAUUGGGAGAAAUGACUUGUGCCCUAAACAACCUCCUGCACAGUCUGCAACUUCGUGAGGCCUGUUCUGAAAUAAAACAUGAGGCUUUUAAGAAUCAUGUGUUCAAUGUAGACAAUGCAAAAUUUGUAGUUAAAUUUGACCUCAGUGCCCUGACUAUAAUUGGAAAUGCCAAAAACUCACUAAUAGGGAUCAUUAAGCAGCUUUGAGUCUGGAAAAUUUGUUGAAUGUACCGAGCAAUUAGAAUUGUUACCAGGAGAAAAUAUCAAUCUACUUGCUGGAGGAUCAAAAGAAAAAAUAGACAUGAAAAAACUGCUUCGUAACAUGUUAAGUCCAGAUCCAAGGGAACCUCAGAAAUCCAUUGAAGUUCCAUUGUUAAGAAGUUCUGUUUGUUUGGCAACUGCUUUAAACCCGAUAGAACAAGAUCAGAAGUGGCAGUCUAUAACUGAAAAUGUGGUAAAGUACUUGAAGCAAACAUCCCGCAUCGCUAUUGGACCUCUGAGACUUUCUACUUUAACAGUUUCACAGUCUUUGCCAGUUCUAAGUACCUUGCAGCUGUAUUGCUCAUCUGCUUUGGAGAACACAGUUUCUAACAGACUUUCAACAGAGGACUGUCUUAUUCCACUCUUCGGCGAAGCUUUACGUUCAUGUAAACAGCAUGAUGUGAGGCCAUGGAUGCAGGCAUUAAGAGUUUGGCUCUUGUUGCCCAGGCUGGAGUGCAGUGGCACGAUCUCAGCUCACCACAACCUCCGCCUCCCAGGUACAAGCGAUUCUCCUGCCUCAGCCUCCCGAGUAGCUGGGAUUACAGGCAUGUACCACCACGCCCGGGUAAUUUUGUAUUUUUAGUAGAGAUGUGGGAUUUCUCCAUGUUGGUCAGGCUGGUCUAGAACUCCUGACCUCAGGUGAUACCCCUGCCUCAGCCUCCCAAUGUGCUGGGAUUACAGCUGUGAAGCCACCGCGCCCGGCUGCUGUGAUAGUUGAGAUGUAAACCAAAAAUAAAAUUCUAAGCCACCCAAUCCGACUGAAUGGACCCUUCCUGUUGACCAAGGACAUUCCAAAGUAAACUGAAAAGACCAGCUUAGGCCAUGAUGGGAAGGGGAGGUGUCAACAUGCCUCAUUCUACCUUCCUCCCUCUGGAAUCCAGACACAACUGACCAGCAUUAACAUUAAAACAGAGAUCUUAAGCUGGGCACAGUGGCUCAUGCCUGUAAUCCCAGCACUUUGGGAGGCCAAGGUGGGAUCACCUGAGGUCAGAAGUUCAAGACCAGCCUGGCCAGUAUGGUGAAGCAUGUCUCUACUAAAAAUACAAAAUUAGCCGGACAUUGUGGUGCACGUCUGUCAUCCCAGCAAGGCAGGAAAAUCACUUGAACCCAGGAAGCAGAGGUUGCAGUGAUCCAGGAUCAUGCCAUUGCGCUCCAGCCUGGUUAACGGAGCGAGACUCCGCCUCAUUAAAAAAAAAAAAAAAAAGCCGGGCGUGGUGGCGGGCACAUGUAAUCCCAGCUACUAGGGAGGCUGAGGCAGGAGAAUGGUGUGAACCAGGGAGGCGGAGCUUGCAGUGAGCCGAGAUUGUGCCACUGCACUCCAGCCUGGAGAGAAAUGCAUUUUAAUUGCAUUAGCAGUGAUUUAAUUUUUUUAGAUGCUAAAACUUAUGGGUGAAAGUGGAUUAAAUGUAGCCAAAUGCAACAUCAAAAUCUUCAGGCACAAAAACCCAUUAACUUUUUCAUACUCUCAGAAGAUGAGCCUAAUUUCAAAUGAAAGCUGCCUCCAGAAUAUAUUGUUAAGCGUAUUCUAGAUAUAAUUCAUUUUGGCAAACAUACUGUAGAAAUUCACAUAACAUUUUACUGUACUAAAAGUAAAUUGCCCAUGUAACAAAAAAUAUCUUUUCAGAGCUUCAAAUGAAUUUUAAAGGAUGACUGAUGGUCCUUGGAAGAGAAACAGUAAACAAAUAAGGUUUGUAGCAAUGAUGUAUGAGUUAGAAAUUGCAGUUCCAGAUGAUCUCUUUAUUAAAGAGACGAUCUACACUUAAUUUGGUCAACUGUUAUGAACAUAGUUCAUGUUAAGUCUCCAUUUAAAUACAACCUGAAAUACCAAAGUUAAUUUUCUUUUCUUUCUUUCUUUCUUUUUUUUUUUUAAGACAGAGUCUUGCUCUGUUGCCCUUCCUGGUGUGCAGUGGCAUGAUCUCGGCUCACUGCAACCUCCACCUCCUGGGCUUGAGCGAUCCUACUGCCUCAGCCCCCCAAGUAGCUGGGAGGACAGGUGCAAGCCACGGCACUCAGCUAAUUUUUGCAUUUUUCGUAGAGAUGGGGUUUCACCAUGUUGCCCAAUUUGGUCUCGAACUCCUGAGCUCAAGUGAUCCGCCCGCCUUGGCCUCCCAAAGUGCUGGGAUUAUAGGCAUGAGCCACCGUGCCUGGCCAGAAAAUUGUAAACACACACAAACUCUCAAGUGGCCUAAUUCCCUCUCACCAAACCAAUGACAAUACAGAUAAAAGAGAAUAACUUGUGUUCAUUUUUGUACAAACAAAAAAGAUAUAAAUUGUGAAUGAUGCAUGAUUUUUAAUUACAAGUAAACUGGGCAAAUGCUUCUGCAUUAUUUAAAGCUAAAAGGUGAUCAGUGGAAACUUUCCUCUGUUAGUACUCUAAUACUUUUUAUAUUUAUCGGCUCACUACAACCUGUGCCUACCAGGUUCAAGCAAUUCUCCUGUCUCAGCCACCUGAGUAGCCGAGACCACAGGCACGCACUACCAUGUCCGGCUAAUUUUGUAUUUUUAAUAGAGACAGGGUUUCACCGUGUUGGCCAUGCUGGUCUUGAACUCCUGACCUCAACCGAUCUGCCUGCCUUGGCCUCCCAAAGUUCUGGGAUUACAAGCGUGAGCCACCGCGCCCAGCCUUAUUGUAAUUGUUACUAUUUAAAUCUCUUUUGCUCUCUCCUUCAAGAGUGACCUCAUCCCAUUCAGUUGCAUCCAUUUAUUUAUUCAUCUUCUGCCUCCUGGGCUCGAGAGAUCCUCCAGCGUGAGUCUCCCAAGUAGCUGGGAGUACAGGCUCACACCACCAUGCUUGGCUAAAUUUUGUAGGUUUUGGAGAGACAGCCUCUUGCCAUGUUGCCUAGGCUGGUCUCAAACUCCUGGGCUCAGAUGAUCCACCUGCCUUCGCCUCCCAAAGCACUGAGACGUGAGCCACCACGCCCAGCCGCAAGUACUUUUACACAAAAUGCAAACACUAUUCUUCCAUCAUAAAAGUGAUACCACAGCUUCUGUGAAGUUUUGCCAGGUAGUACUCAUAAUUACCUUGGGUAAACUUUUUGAUGUUAAACUGUAUCUUCUUCUUACGAGUUUUUCCAUUGUAUUAACUGCUUUUACAACAACACAAAUAACAAGUUAUUUUACAAGCCAUUUAGAAAUUUCUGUACUAUGGUCCCAGUAAUGUAAAAUAUAUUAAUGCCUAUUACAUUCAGAUAAAUUAUACACUUGGAAACCACAUACUUAUGACUUACAGAAACUUACAUAAACAAAUUAUAGAAAUUAUAUGCUCAAUUUUUAGGUAUAUAGUCUUAAAUUAAGCUUAAAUAUACAUUCUCAAGAUAAAUUAACAGUUCAGGGCUUCACAACUUGAAAUCUGUGGAAGAUGACAUUGGAGACAACAGAACUCUGGUGGAAUUCUUAGAUGGAAUUUGCCGAAACUUUUUUUUUUUUUUUUUUCUGAGAUGGAGUGUCGCUCUGUCGCCCAGGCUGGAGUGCAGUGGCGCAAUCUCAGCUCACUGCAAGCUCUGCCUCCCGGGUUCACACCAUUCUUCUGCCUCAGCCUCCCGAGUAGCUGGGACUACAGGCGCCCACUGCCACGCCCGGCUAAUUUUUUAUAUUUUUAGUAGAGAUGGGGUUUUACUAUGUUAGCCAGGAUGGUCUCGAUCUCCUGACCUUGUGAUCCACCCGCCUUGGCCUCCCAAAGUGAAACUUUUCUUUAAAAUAGAGAUGGGAUCUUGCUGUAUUGCCCAGGCUGGUCUCAGACUCCUUGCCUUAAGCAGUCCUCCCACCUCAGCCUCCUAAAGUGCUGGGAUUACAAGCGUGAAGCAUUACAUCCAAGUGAAACUUCUUGAGAUGGUUACAUAAUGUCUAAAUCUGCUGGUGUAGAAGUUAGUAAAGUGUAGAACUGAAUAAAUAUUAAAUAUUAGAUCAAGUUUCUCAUGUUUACCUUAACGUAUAAAGAUUUAUCUUAAAGCACUGAUUUUCACAAAAUAACAUCAGUGUGAAAUUGGAAAAGAAGCCAAAUAUUUUAUUUCAUGUAUCUGAGAAAUGAGGUGCUUUAGUCAACUGAAUCUGCCCAAAACUAAAAAGCAUUAAUUAAAAAGUACUUAACUCAGAAAUUAUAAAAAUAGGAGACAUCAAUAAAAUACAUUCUACACAGAAUACGCCAACCAUACACUACUCUUUUUUGAUAAUAAAAAAUGUAUUUACUGAGCCAGUUGUGGUGGCUCACGCCUAUAAUCCCAGCACCUUGGAAGGCCAAUGAGAGUGGAUCAGUUGAGGCCAGGAGUUUGAGACCAGCCUGGCCAACAUGGCGAAAUGCCGUCUCUACUAAGAAUACAAAAAUGAGCCGGGCACGGUGGCACGCACCUGUAAUCCCAGGUACUCCGAAGGAUGAGGCAGGAUAAUUGUUUGAACUCAGGAGGUGGAGGUUGCAGUGAGCCAAAAUCAUGCCACUGCACUCCAGCCUGGGUGACAGAGUGAGUCUCUGUCUCAAAAAAAAAAAAAAAAAAAGGAAAAGAAAAAUAGUCAGUUGCAGUGGCUCACGCCUGUAAUCCCAGCACUUUGGGAGGCCGAGGCAGGCGGAUUACAAGGUCAGGAGAUCGAGACCACCCUGGCCAACAUGGUGAAACCUCGUCUCUACUAAAAACGCAAAAAUUAGGCUGGGCACGGUGGCUCACACCUGUAAUCCCAGCACUUUGGGAGGCCGAGGCGCGGAGAUCACGAGAUCAGGAGAUUGAGACCGUCCUGGCUAACACAGUGAAACCCUGUCUCUACUAAAAAUACAAAAAAUUAGCUGGAUGUGGUGGCAGGCACCUGUAGUCCCAGCUACUUGGGAGGCUGAGGCAGGAGAAUGGCGUGAACCCGGGAGGCGGAGUUUGCAGUGAGCCGAGAUCCCACCACUGCACUCCAGCUUAGGCGACAGAGCCAGACCGUGUCUCAAAAACAGGAAAGAAAACAAAAGAAAAUUUGGACUAUUGCCAAUUACAAAUAUUUUUAGAGAAGAAUUCAAAACAGUAACUGUGGAUGAUGGAAACAAUAGUUAUGAUAAAAGUCUGAUGAAACUUCCCAGUUCACAAGGAAAUUUACUUAUGUGCAGCAUUUUAAGACAGUAAUCAGAAUCAUGACUGACAGCAUCAUAUCAGGGCCACCAGACUUUUAUAAAUUUCAUACAAUCUUCAGAAAUAAUUAAUAACUUUUUUUUUUUUUUAAGAUAGAUUCUACCUCUGUCACCCAGGCGGGAGUGCAGUGGCAUGAUCUCGGCUCACUGCAACCUCCGCCUCCUGGGUUCAAGCAAUUCUCCUGUCUCAGCCUCCCGAGUAGCUGAGACUACAGGCAUGUGCCACCAGGCAUGGCUAAUUUUUGUAUUUUUAGUGGAGACAGGGUUUCACUCUAUUAGGCUGGUCUGGAACUCCCGACCUCAGGUGAUCCACAUGCCUUUGUCUCCCAAAGUGCUGGGAUUACAGGCAUGAGUGAUGGUGCCCAGCCAUUCAUGACAUGUUUGUACAAAUAUAAAUUUAACAAAUAUUUAGCAUAACUAUCAAAAUUACAAAUCAUAUUAAAUUUGUAUAAAUGUAUGCAAUUUUUGGAACACGUAUAUCAACAACAUACCCAUAAAUAUAACUGAGAUGAGAUCUAAUGUCACCUCACUUGACAGUGCCCUCCCAUGCAGUAUUGCCACAUUUGACAAUGCCUGCCCAUUUAAUCUACCAAAUAAAUUGAAUCACUUAAUACCUCUACAAGAUGAGAGAUACAUUCUUUGGACUCCCCAAGGGAUGCACCUGAAAUAUCCCAAAGUUAGUUUUAAGCCAAAAAGACUUGAUUUAGGAUUUUGACACUGGAGAAACCCAUCAAAGACGUCAAGUUUGAAAACACUUGAUCAAAACAGAAUCAAGGUCACUAUUAAAAGAGUAUUAAUUUUACCAGAGACUUCCAAAGCAAUACAGAAACUUACAUGGAUAUAAAAACCUUAACCCUUUUAAAGGUCAGAUUUGCUAAGUGAUCAAAAGGGGUACUUGAAUUGAAUCGACACAGGAAGAGUGUGUACAGGGUUAUGAGUGUAGGCAGAUGGUUACUUUGGUCAUAUCUCCAUUUGCCACCUGAUUACACAUGAGAAUGGCAUCUUUACUCACCAGAAAGCCAGUAUUAUAGGAGGUGUAGGAGGCAUUCUUGGACUUGAGACAAGAACAUUGUUGUGUAGAAAUUUCAUUGACUGUGUUAAAAUUAUUCUCCAUGGGCUAGAGAACACAUAACAUGGCCUUUAGAAUGAGACGGGCAUUGAUUGGAUGCAAGGUCUCCACACUUACUAGCUGUGUGACAUUGGACAGAGUGCUUCAUCAUUCCGAGACUCAGUUUUUAAAGGAAAAACAAUUAACUACCUCGCAAGCUUGCUAGCAGGUUUAAGUGUAAUAAUGUGUGGGAAUGACUGCACCGUGACUAACACGUAGUGACAGCUUAAUUAAUGUUAACCCUUAUCAUUAUCAUAUAAGAAUGUGAGUUACAUAAGAGAGGAAUCCUGUCAGUUCGUUCUCUGCUGUGUCCCCAAGACCAUGAAUCAUGGCUGGCAUGUAGUAGGCAUUUAAUAAUAUAUGUUCAACAAGUAUUUGGCAGUCUUGGAGGGCAGAAAAGGAGGUGGGGAAGAUUUUUAAAUAACGUUUUUUAAAAAGUCACAUUGUCCUACAAUACCGAUUUUUCUUGCAUAUUUAGGAAAUUGAGGGUUUUUUCCUAAAACAUGCGGACAUAUGGGAAAUAGGAUGCAACAUUUGCACUAAUGUUUCAGACACAGUUAGAGGUUUCCAAGAGAUUUUGCGCUGGGGAGGCUGCUUGCUACAAGCUCCCAAAGCUCUGGGAGAACAUAGUAUUCAUUCCUCCCUCAGCAGAAGCGGUGAGGCGAGAAGCUCUGGGGAGCACCCAGCCUUGGACUUUUAGCAUAGUGUGUCAGGUCUUCAUAGUUUGGGCCCAGGGCACAGAGAAGUCACAGCUCUCCGGCAUCCUGUGACCUUUACCCUCUUUGCCAAGGGAAAAUGUGGCCCACCAAAGCAAGAAACUUGAGGGCAUGGGUCACCCCAGCCCUGGCAUCUGCCCAGAGCCUGAGAAGGAAGGAACAAUGAUCCUCCAGCUACCUCACGGGGCUGGCACCGGUGACCACUGCCCUGGCAUCACCCAGCUGUGUCCGGCAGCCUGAACCCCAUCUGUGGGGAUGUGAGGAGGAAAAUACAAAAGUCCUUAGGUGAACACUGAGAAGGCAGAUGCAGCAGAAGCCUCCAGGCCAGAACUACCCAGUCUUGGACCUAUGGUGGAGAUAGAGCAUAGCUGGCGAUCAUGUGUACUUACACUCUAAGGUCACCUGGUUGCGCUAUGGCCUCAUCUGUGGCUCUGAAAAUGAAGAUUUGGAAGGAGAUCAUCACAGCUAAUGUUUAACAAGCCCCUCCUGUGUGCCAAAUCAUUCACCCCUCACCACAACUGAAUGAGCUAAGGAUUCUCAUUAUAUAUAGUUUAUGGAGAGGGAAGUGCAGACAUAAAGAGGUGAAUUAUCUUACCCAGAUCCCACAGCUGAUAAGUGGUGGAGGCAGAAUAGAAUCUAAACAGUGUGGCUCCGGAGCCCACAUGCAUUGAUUCGACAAGUGUUUAUUGAGCACCUGCCACGGACAAGGCCUUGUGUGAUUAAAUAGGGUUAUAAUUAGUAAUAUAAAAAUGAGAAAUCACUAAUGCUUUUUAGACUUAACAUUUUCUUUUUUUGUAGGUUUCAGGCACAGAACUGUAUAUCCAAUAAUAGUGAAAUGGAUCCCACUAAUUAUGACCGAAAUGAUGAUACAUUUAAAUGACUUGGAUGUUUUAUAGGUAUGAUCUCGUGAAACCUUGAGAGAAACUGAAUGACGAAUGAAACUAUUGUUCCUGUUUCACACAGAAGAAAACUGAGGUUAAAAGGGGUUGGCACUCAUGAUGAGCCCCUGUUCUCAUUCUGCAAAUGGUGAAGCUCUCUAUUGUCCUGACCCCACAGUUCCUGUCCCAUGACCAGGGCCAGCUCACCAAGGAGCUGCAGCAGCACGUAAAGUCAGUGACAUGCCCAUGCGAGUACCUGAGGAAGGUGAGUGAGUGCAGACAGAUGGGGCCUGGUGCCCUUGAGCAGUUCCCGGGUCUCAGCUGCCACACAUCUCAUAGCGGGUGAUGCUGGGGGAAGCUUAUGCAGUCACAGUACUGGCUUCUUCCUCUUUUUCUUUCCAUACAAGUGGCUUAGGGAUGGGGUAGAGUAGUUGACUUAUUUGGAUGAAAACCACUAUCUUCUGUCAGAAACUCAAAAGGAAUCAUUGCUGGCAUGGUAACCUAAAGAAAAACAACCAGACAAGUGCCCAAUGACACUUAAAAAGGUUAUUUAUUAUCUUGCCAAGUUUAGGCUGGGCAUGGUGACUCAUGCCUGUAAUCCCAGCAUUUUGGGAGGCUGAGGCUGGUGGAUCACCUGAGGCCAGGACUUCAAUACCAGCCUGACCAAUACGGCAAAACCUCGUCCCUACUAAAAAUACAAAAAUUAGCCAGGCAUGGUGGUGUGAGCCUGUAGUCCCAGCUACUCAGGAGGCUGAGACAGGAGAAUUGCUUAGAUUCAGGAGGUGGAGGUUUUAGUGGGCCGAGAUCACGCCAUUGCACUCCAGACUGUGCGACAGAAUGAGACUCUGUCAAAAAAAAAAAAAAAAAAAUUAUCCUGCAAAAUUUGAAAAGGAAAUUCAAAUCAACAGCUUCUAAACUACUUUUUAACAUGACUCAUAAUAAGAAAUACAUUCUAUAGUACAUAUAUAUGUUCUAUAAUUUUGAAUAAAAGAAUUAACCACAUCACAUUUAUUUUACAACAUGUAAUACAUAUUUUUUAUUCUCCUUCAUUUGUUUUGAAUGCUCUGUGCAGUCUACAAAAAGUCCAACAGUAAUAAUUAAAUUAGUCAUUAAGUUGAACAUUAUCUUGUCUUUUAAAAUGAUAAUCUCAAAAAUGAUCUUUUAUUUUUGAGAUUUAUAUAGAUACACACACACACACACACACACACACACACACACACACAUACACACAUAGAGAGACAGAGAGACAGAGUUUCACUCUGUCGCCCAGGCUGGAGUGCAGUGGCACAAUCUUGGCUCACUGCAACCUCCGUCUCCCGGGUUCAAGCAAUUCCUCUGCCUCAGCCUCUGAGUAGCUGGGACUACAGGUGUGCACCAUCAUGCCCAGCUAAUUUUUGUAUUCUUAGUAGAGAUGGGGUUUCACCAUAUUGGCCAGGCUCGUGUCAACUCCUGACCUCGUAAUCUGCCCACCGUGGCCUCCCAAAGUGCUGGGACUAUAGGUGUGAGCCACUGCACCCGGUCCAAGAUAAAAUUAUUUUAACAAUAUACUAUGAAGAGAAAAACACUGGCUAUGAAAGAAUAUGCAUAGUUUUACCCUGUUUAAAAAUAAAGAUUGAAAGAAUACAUAUGCAAAUAAGUUUACUUUUAUUUUUGGUAAUACUUUACUGGAUUGUCUGAAUAUUGACAAUCAGUAUGCAUCAUGAAGCUACAUGGCUAACAUUGAGUACUCACUGUGUGUGCCAGGCCCUGGGUUCAAUGCUCUACAUGCACUUAUAUUUCAUUUAAUUCUCUCUGCAACCUGAGAUGGUAUAGCCACCUCAUUUUACAGAGUUGAAACUGAGGCUCAGAGACUGAAAGUUAAGCCUGAGGUUACAGUCAAUAAGAGGCAGAGCUGGAACUGAAACCUACGUGUGUCUGACCACCAGUUCAUGUUCUGACGGCAGGCUAGUCUGCAUCACAGAGUGUGGGGUAGACGGUGCAUGCCUGCUAGGAUGGGCUAGGUAUCACUGUAGGUAAGAAACAGCCCCAAACGAUGGAAAUGUACACCACUGAAGGCUCUUUUCCUGCCCAUGCUGCACAUCCUCCAUGGCUCUCCUGUGCCCUGUGCCCCACAUGCCCUCAUCCUGCCACGAGAAUAAAGGAGCAGCCUCCAUAUGGGAGCUGUCAGCUGCUCUAAGAGAUGAAGGAGAGGGUGGCCAGUCUCAAUGGCUCCCAACUCUUUUGCCUCGAGGUGACACGCUUCACUUCCACUCACAUCUCUUGGGUCAAAGCAAAUCCCAUGGGUACAUCCACUUUCAAGUGGCCCAGGAGAGAACCUGAAAUACUCGGUGGACUCCAUUAAGGCCGUCAUAUGGUGUCAGCCUGCAUGGGAGACUGUGGAGGGGCAGAGGAGGAGAGUGGGGAACUGACGGGAAAUGACAGGAGGACUAAGUCACCGCAGAUUUGCUUUAUCCUCAGCCAGGUGGAGUUUGUCCCAGAGCUGCACAAAAUCAUCACCAGCAUGAUGAAAUGGAGUAGACUUCAGAAAAAGCAGUUUGGUCAGAUGUAAUCAGCAGUGAACUCAGAAUCAACUGAGUGACAUUGAGUCAGUAAAUCUCUGACUGCCUCAGUUACCCCAUAUGAUAGUUUUGAGGAUGGGAACAUUGAGAGAGUUGGUUUGGAAGGAUAUCAAGAGUAAAAAUUCCAACAUUUUAGUUCCUUUAAGUUAAAUCCAGGCACUCUUUUUCCUGCAAGUCUCCUGUUCCUUUCAGAUUGCACAGGUGAGAGUGCUCAGAUUAGGGCUGGAGGUUGUAAACUAUUGCUCCCACACUGACAGUGCCCCCGUGUCGUGCAUGUAUUCUGUGCAUUUUCCUGUGCUAAACACUCUCCCAAAACAUCGUGGGGCCUGAUUCUUCCUCUUUGUUCCAAUGGCCCUGGGUGACUCAAGUGCCCAUUCAAUGACCAGGACACAGAGGUCUUAGAGAGAUGCUCCAUGAGGCCCCAGGUGCGAGCCUGUACCCUGCCGGAGCAUGAGGCAAGGGACAGGGCAUCGUCUGUGGGGAUAGUGGGGGUAGUGGUCAGCCAGGCUUGGUGACUCCACUUGCUCACCAGAUGAUCCUACACCUGCCACCUCCGAUGGAUCCACUGCGUCUGUGCCUGCCUGUACUGCCGAUGCUCCAGUGGAUAACUCAGCAUCCCAGCCUAGGCCCAAUGCCACUGAAGAUGGACCUGCCCCCUGGAGACCCGGGAGUCCUACCACUCAGCUGUCCCUAGGAGUGCCCAGACCCUCAUUGUUAUCCAGGACCUAGGAGCCCUACCCCUGGCCUUCACUCAUCAGCCGUAAAUGAUGAUUUACUGCUGUUACCAUCAUCACUGCCUUCAGUGACCAAGGGCCUUCCAAGGUGCCAGCUCUGGAACGAAGGAUGCCCUUGGGAGGUGAUGACACUCAGGUGGAUGGACGGAUGGCUACAUGGAUGUGAUGGAGAUGGUUUACUAUCGGGACCUUCCGCAUCCUGCUGAUAUUUUGUUGCUUAGGAUAUGAAUGGCUGAGCGGAGGCUGUAAAACCUGGCACUCUGCUUGGGUUAUCAAUACUCUGGCUGUCUAUCGUCAUCGUGAGACUGACUUUUGUGGAGGAGUUCGAGACCACCCUGGCCAACAUGGCAAAACCCCAUCUCCACAAAAAUUGGAUAAUUUGAUAAUUAUCAUUAUUGAGUUUCUGAGACCUUACACAUUUACCAUUCUCUUCUGCACAAAUUACCUUUGUG